AUGGCCGCCCUCGAUUCCCAGAAGCUCACCCCCACCGAGGAGACUGAGGUCCAGCAAUGGAUCACCACCUCGGAGCGGCUCAAGAGCUCGCCCUCCGAUACCUCCAUCCUCGACAAGCUCAACUCCCACCUGACUUCCCGAACCACUCUGCUCGGCACCAAGCCCUCCAAGGCUGACGUCGCCAUCUACGAGUCUCUGGCUCCUACCGUUAAGUCGUGGACCCCUGAGCAGCGGACGGGUGAGAAGGGUCACCCUCACAUCCUCCGACACCUCGACUUCGUCCAGAACUCCGGCGUCUUCGGUCUGAGCGUGAGCGAUGCGGAUAAGAUUAAGGUCGACCUCGACGAGGUCCUCUACGUCAAGCCGCCUGUCGACGCCAAGGCCGAGAAGGAGCGCUUGAAGAAGGAGAAGGCUGCCGCUGCCGCUGCCGCCGCUGCCACCGGCAGUGAAGGUGGUGCUGCCACGACGCUUGUUGACCGAACGAAAGCGGCGGCUGAGGCUGUCAAGGACGCGGCCGUUGAAGCCGGAAGCAAGGCCGCCGCCGCGGUGGGCGCUGCUACCGAGAAGCCCAAGAAGGAGAAGAAGGAGAAGGCGCCCAAACCUCAGAAGGCCCCCGCCGUUACCACGCCUCCGUCACCCCAUCUGAUCGAUCUCCGAGUGGGCCACAUCCUGAAAGCCAUCAAGCACCCGGAAGCCGACAGCCUGUACGUUUCCACGAUCGCCAUGGGCGACAAGCCCGGCACCGAGGAUACCACCGAGUACGAAGGCCAGGUCUGCCGAACCGUCUGCUCCGGCCUGAACGGGCUGGUGCCUCUGGAAGAGAUGCAGAACCGCAAGGUGGUCGUGGUGGCUAACCUGAAGCCCGUCAAGAUGCGGGGAAUCAAGUCGUGCGCCAUGGUCCUGGCCGCGUCCCCGAAGCUAAAGGAGGGCGAGGCGGACGACCACAAGGGGCCCGUCGAGCUGGUUGCCCCGCCCCCGGACGCGCAGGCCGGCGAGCGCGUGUACUUCGAGGGGUGGAGGGGCGAGCCCGAGGGCGUGCUCAACCCCAAGAAGAAGAUCUGGGAGACCUUCCAGCCGGGAUUCACCACGACGGAAAGCUUGGAAGUCGUGUUCGACGGCCACCUGGUCAAGGAGGCCGGCAAGGAGGAGAUCGGCAAGCUGACUACGGCUAGCGGAGGCGUGUGCACGGUCCCGAGCUUAAAGGGGGCCACAGUACGAUAA